ACCUUUUAGCUCAGGUUCAAGCUUCAGAAAUAAUGGCAGCAUUCCCCAACCUUAGCUCUGAUUCUGGAUUGAAGAAGCUCGAUGAGCAUCUUCUCACUCGCAGUUACAUCACUGGGUACCAGGCUUCUAAGGACGAUAUCACUGUCUUUGCAGCUCUUGCAAAGCCCCCAACUUCACAGUAUGUGAACGCAUCUCGUUGGUACAACCACAUUGAUGCCCUCUUGAGGAUCUCCGGUGUCUCUGCUGAAGGAAGCGGUGUAGUUGUUGAGGGAGCAGCCCCUAUUACUGAGGAGGCUGUUGCUACUCCCCCUGCUGCUGAGUCUAAGGAUUCCGCGGCUGAUGAAGAAGAUGAUGAUGAUGUUGACCUUUUCGGAGAGGAGACCGAAGAGGAAAAGAAAGCUGCUGAAGAGAGAGCAGCUUCUGUCAAGGCUUCUACAAAGAAGAAGGAAUCUGGAAAGUCCUCAGUUUUGAUUGAUAUCAAGCCGUGGGAUGAUGAGACCGACAUGAAGAAGCUAGAGGAAUGUGUGAGAUCCAUUCAGAUGGAAGGUUUGUUUUGGGGAGCAUCAAAGCUUGUCCCAGUUGGUUAUGGUAUCAAGAAGUUGCAGAUUAUGUGCACCAUUGUUGAUGACCUUGUCUCUAUUGACACCAUGAUCGAAGAGACACUCACUGUUGAACCGAUCAAUGAAUACGUCCAGAGCUGUGACAUUGUUGCCUUCAACAAGAUUUGUAAGUUUCAUGAACCUAUUCGUAAUUCUUUUAAAGCUGUGAUCUUUUAUAAGAUAAUGCGGUGUGUAACUGUGUAUGUUGGAUUGAAUCAUAAUGCAGGAGGAUGGAGAAAGCUUCAAGGAAUGUCUGUGUUCAUGUUGUCUGCUUCUUCUUCUAUAUUCAGUUUCCCAAGUUUUUGUAGACUGUUGUUUUGACUCUGCUAUGUCUUUUGCCAUCUCUGAUCCAUUUUGAUAUUUAAUGAAGAAUGACAAUUCAGUAUUGCGUUUUCUUUGUGUAUGACCAUUCUCUGCUUCUUCCUUUCCCUUUGUGAAUCCUUAGCAAUUUUCCCUUAAAAUCAUUUGAUACGAGGCUGCAGAAUAAAGUGCAGGUUUUGAG